UUGAAUUUCAUUACCCUUUCCUUGCUUCUCCAUAUUACAUUUCUGUCUCAUCAUUUCUGUCUCCCUUGCAAUCCACCUACUCCAACCACAUACAAAUAUAGAAGAACCAUAUUAACACUUACACCUUCAUCAGGUUACAUAAUAUAUGCCAUAUUUAUAUCUAUAUAUAUAAUCAUCUUAUUAUAUAUAGCAGAUGGCAGAACUUGAUCAUCAGUACUCUAAAGCUUUUACCAAGCCCGCAGCCGCCCAAAAUAAUAAUGGGCGGCUGAAGCUGUUCGGGUUCAACGUGACAGAAGAUUACGAAGACGCGGAGUCGUCGUCGACUAAAACGGAAUCCGGGUCUCCGGAACCUGGCGGUUUUCCGUCUUCCGACGGCCGGAAAUACGAGUGCCAGUACUGCUGCCGGGAAUUCGCGAACUCUCAGGCCCUCGGCGGCCACCAGAACGCUCACAAGAAAGAGAGGCAGCAGCUGAAGCGCGCCCAGAUGCAGGCCAGCCGGAACGCCGCCACUCUCUCCUACAUUCGGAAUCCGAUGAUGUCCGCCGCCUUCUCCCCGCCGCCGCACCUCCUGGCUCCGCCCGGAUCCGUCAUCGUCCCCGCCUCAUCGCCUCCCACGUGGAUGUACGUCGCACGCGCCCCGCCUCCCUUCCACGUGUCGCACGGGUCGUGUGUGAUUCCCACGUCUCCCGCGGCGGUGGCGAACGGUAGGACGGCGGCCAACUUAUCUUAUUCCUCCGGCGGGAUGGCGGAAUCGAGCGUCACGAGUUUGGGCCGCCAAUCUGUUGUUCAUCAUCAGACCGAUAGGAUUCAUGAUGGGCCGUCGUUGAGUAGGUUUUCGAGAGACGGCGGUGGCGGAGCCAACUUUGACGAUGGGUUCGGGUUGGAUCUGCAACUAGGCCUAGCUCCGGCGGGGCCUUGAUCAGGUCAUCCGGCGGCCGGCGGGCAGCUAGUUUAGUUUCAAGGAGGGCUUAUUUGGUUUGGGUUUUGACUACUACGGGCCAUCGGUUAUAAGGAAGCUGGUGCUUUAUUUUUAAUUUAUGUAUAUACAUAUAAUUUUCAUUUCACAUUCGAGGUAUGUACAUUAUUUAUUUAGAUUUAUUAAAUUAUUUUACGGAUUAAUAAUGUAAUGAUCAUGAGUACAUGGAUCGGAUUUGGACCAUCAAAUAAGAAUUCUGUUUAGGUAUUUUCUAAACUCUUUCAUAGAUUGAAUUAUUUAUGGCGGAUAUCAGGGAUAUGUCAGUAGAGUUGAUAAUGAAAUCAUGCUCAGUUUUUUCAA